CUUCAAAGUUCAAAAGAGUUCAAUCAAGAUAAGGAAAUGGUGAAGGGUACAGCAAUUGCUGCUCCAAGUCCAACAUUGUUCUUCCCACCAACGCCCACCCUACCUCUUUCAUCUCGUCAUCUUCGUCCGGUUAGUCCCUCAUAUUCAGGUACUAUAAGGCAGGCACUGCAUCGCUUUAAAGCAAGUUCUCUCCAUCACCAGCGUUUUAUAAUAAAUUAUUCGCUGUCGUCUGCGUCUCCAAUUAGAAGCGAAGGCGGCGGCAGCAAUACCGUAUUAGACGUGAAUGAGAUAAGGCAGAGGUGCAAUAAAUGGCGUUGGAAGGGCCACGUCAUCAACUACUUUGUUCAUCCUGCUUCUCCUCCUCUUCAUGGCGACGGAAUCCUACUCGAAGAUCAUUCCCUUCAACCUCCUCUGCUUCUCGUUCAUGGCUUCGGGGCUUCUAUCGCCCAUUGGCGCAGGAAUAUCAGGGUGCUAGCUCAAAGUUACACUGUUUAUGCCAUUGAUCUUCUUGGUUUUGGUGAUUCGGAUAAGCCAGCAGGAUUUGCUUAUACAAUGGAAGUAUGGGCUCAGCUGAUCCUGGAUUUCUUGGAUGAAAUAAUUCAGAAUCCAGCUGUGCUGAUGGGAAAUUCUGUUGGAAGCCUUGCUUGUGUCAUAGCUGCCACAGAAUCAAGGCACGGCCUGGUUCGAGGGCUUGUGCUGUUAAAUUGCGCCGGUGGCAUGAACAAUAAAGCAAUUGUUGAUGAUUGGAGAAUCAAACUGUUGUUGCCUUUGCUUUUGUUGUUUGACUUAUUGCUGAAGCAAAAAGGCAUCGCGUCAACAAUCUUUGAACGUGUCAAGCAGAGAGGGAGUCUCAGGAACAUCUUAUUGUCUGUAUAUGGAAAUAAGGAGUCUGUUGAUGAUGAUCUGGUGGAGAUAAUCAAAAGACCAGCUGAUGAUGAAGGGGCACUUGAUGCAUUCAUUUCUAUUGUGACAGGUCCACCUGGACCAAGUCCAGUGCAGUUAAUGCCAAGAAUCUCUCUCCCAGUUCUGGUUUUAUGGGGUGAUCAAGAUCCAUUUACUCCUCUGGAUGGGCCUGUAGGGAAAUACUUCUCUUCCUUGCCUUCUAGGUUGCCAAAUGUAAGCGUCUGUGUACUGGAAAGAGUAGGGCACUGUCCCCAUGAUGACAGGCCUGACCUCGUCCAUCAAAAACUGCUCCCUUGGUUGGCCACUCUUCCAACUUCAUGAGUAAGCUCUGUGCUUUGAAAAGUUG